UAAGUCAAGAAAGAGAUAUUACGAUGCAGAAACCCCCAGUGAGAUUUUGUGUACAUGCGACUGAUGCGUGGUGGUGAAAUUAUCAGAGCGAUUUAAACAUGUUCAACGAUUGACAAAAAAGAUUAGAUUCUGAAUUAUGAUCAGGGCGAGCGUAGCCCUAGGGCGAAAAAUUUCUCUCCGUCUUCAAUCAGUGACCUUGGAUAAAAUCCAGCAUCAUGUUUUACAGCCCUGUCGGCUGCAUGUCAGCUCACAAAAUCUCAGACGAAAUAGAAGUCGAGUGUUGGUGUCAUUCAAGUCUUCCACAAAAAUUCCAGACCUAGAGACAUCGGCAAAAUUAUCUCCACAGCAAGUGACGUCUAUUCUGGAGUUAGAGCAGAGAAGAUUUGACAUCCAGGAGGGUGCUGUGAAAAGUGUAGACAUCAACAGGCUAGCUGCCAAUGAUCCUAUUGAAGACAGGGAUGGUUAUGCUAAGCUCAGUCCAUUAAAGUUUUUGUUUGGUGUUUAUGACGGACACGGUGGUUACGGAUGUGCCAGUGCUGUCAAUGAACGUUUAUUCCAGUACAUUGCUAUUUCCCUGGCUUCCUACGACAUCCUAGAAGAUUUAUUAUCUGGGAAUCAAGGCAUUAACAAAUUGGUUCACUGGUAUCAAAAAGACCAUUACUCAGAGCAUCCUAAUCGUUUGUAUCAAAGAGCACUCUUGAGAUAUGCACGAGAAGCUCUUGCAGCUCAUGAACCCAGCAGCGUAGAGCAGCAUCUUAAAGAUGCUUUUCUAAGACUGGACCAUGAUAUAAUCCAGGAGGCUAUUCCCAGUGAGCAGAAUAAAGAAUUCAACACGGAUUCCCUUCUGUCAGCUAUGGCUGGCUCUUGUGCAGCAGUUUCAUACAUAGACGACACAGAUUUGUAUGUGGCUAAUGUGGGUGACUGUCGAGCUGUGCUUGGAGUGAAAGUUCAAGAAUCGGAAUAUGCUGCUGUACCACUUUCAAAUACUCACAAUGCCCAGAAUGCAUCGGAAAUUCGCAGAAUUUUAGAUCAACACAAGAAUGAAUCAACUAACAUUGUUAAAAACAAUCGUCUUUUUGGUGAACUUGCUCCAUUAAGGGCUUUUGGUGAUAUUCGAUACAAAUUAUCAUUUAAUGAGGCAAAAGAAAUCGAGAGGUAUUUGAAUUCUCCCUCUGCUGAAGUCAGGGGUCAUUAUGGAGGUAAAGUAGUUCCCAAUAAUUACAAAACUCCACCUUAUCUUAUAGCAGAUCCUGAGGUGAUUCAUCACAAACUCUCUCCAAAGGACAAAUUUCUGGUAAUCGCUUCAGAUGGACUGUUUGACAUGUUAUCCCCAGAAAAAGUGGUUAAACUUGUGGCGGGUCAUAUUGACGGGAAACAAAUAUUGAUUGAUCCUCAGAUAGAUACAGAUAUGAACCUGAAAGCAAUGAAUCAAUAUCUGAUGGAGAGAAAAACAAAGCUGGCAAAUAGAAGUAUUGAUGACAAUGCCGCUACUCAUCUUAUUCGCAAUGCUCUAGGUCCAGAACAUAGACAAAUCUCCUAUUUCCUCUCGUUACCGGACCAUGUAUGUCGAACUCAAAGAGACGACAUGACUGUGGCCGUUAUUUUUUUCGACAGUGAUUAUAUUAGAAAUAAAGUAUCUUUGAGAACAUGAAAUUACCCCGGUUCUAAUAGCAUAGAUAUAUUAAUUGGGUGUAUGAAUUUUUAACUUGAGUGCUAGACCAUCUCUGGCUUUGGAUUGUGUAUAUUGCAUUUAAUAUGUUUAUGUACAUUACAUGUACGUGCAUAGUAUUGAUUGUUUUUCCGUGAUGUAUUUGCUACAUAUUUUUACGUUGUCUUUUAUUCAUAUCGCUCAUGGAUUGUUGAAGUUUGACUAUUUCUAAAAGAAUCUCAAGUUCAGUUGGAGGAAUAUAUGAGAGUGGGUGGGAAGAUCCAAACAUAUUAACAAUUUGAAUUUCAACCUGCUGUAUGUUAAAUUGAAUCUAUGCAUCAAUUUAAAUUAAAUUUAUCAAAAGGAAA